GAUAAGUUGUUCAUUAGAAGUGCAUUAGCAACUAAGAAGGGCCAAAACAGUCCCUUUCUAGGAACCAGUUAAAUAACACCACCAAAAAUUUUCUGUAAUCCUGUAAAGAACCGGAUGUGUUAUCUUCAGGCUGACCCAGCCUAAAAUCGAUUUCGCGAUGCCAGCAGCGCGAGUCUCCGAGUGGCGGAAACUGCCUGUCAGCUUGACGGAGCUCUGUAUUGAGACCACACUCCGUUGUGGACAGUCUUUCCGAUGGCGUAAGCUAGGAGAUGAGUGGCACAUGUCACUUUAUGGUCGCAUACUGUCUCUGAAGCAGGACAGUACCCAUCUACAUUACAAAGCGACUUGGCCUGCAGCUACCAGUACACCCUUCACAACAUCAACUUCUGCCAAGGAGGAAACAGUUGUGGAUGAUACAGAAGAGUUAGUGAAGCAUUACUUCAGUUUGAAGCACAAUGCAGCUGCUUUGUACAACCAAUGGUCACAGUCAGACCCCAACUUUCGAAAGAAAGCUCCAAAGUUCACGGGCAUUCGUAUCCUCAGUCAAGACGCCUGGGAGACUCUCAUUGGUUUCAUCUGCAGCAGCAACAACAACAUUUCAAGAAUCUCUCAAAUGAUUCACAAACUUUGCGAGAAUUACGGUCCACUGAUUGGCAAUAUUGGAGAUGAAGCCUUUCAUGAAUUUCCCACUCCCGAGGCAUUGAAGGGAAAGGAGGUUGACGCCCAUCUGAGAGACUUGGCCUUUGGCUAUCGAGCAAAAUACAUUGCUGAAACAGCCCGCAUCGUCUCAGAGGAGAGGCCAACAGACUGGCUUGAAAGCUUGACAAACCCCAAUAAUCCCGGAUGGGGAACCGGCCAUCGCAGCGGGCUCCUGCGUGCUAACUACAAGGAGGCUCAUGAACAACUCCUUCAGUUGGUAGGGGUUGGGCCAAAGGUGGCUGAUUGUGUCUGUCUCAUGGGCCUUAGCUGGGGGGAGGCCGUUCCUGUUGAUACCCACAUAUGGCAGAUUGCGCAGCGAGACUAUUCUUUUGCUAGGGUUAAAUCCUCGUCGCUCUCCAAGAGUAUGUACCACUCCAUUGGGGAUCAUUUUCGGCGUAUUUGGGGCGAUCAGGCGGGUUGGGCACAAUCAGUUCUGUUCACAGCAAACUUGAAGUCCUUCUCAGCACGCCCCAAGGCAGAACCUGACCCAGUGGCAGUCAAACUUCAAGCGGAAGUAUGCGAGACAGUGACUGGCGAAGUUGAGACGAAGUAUAAGGUGGAAGAAGAUACUUUAGUGGGAUCUAUGCGGCAAUUCCGAAAAAGGAGGGUAUCGGCUACUGGGGGCACAGAUCUUGAGAACACAACGAUUGAGCAAGAGCUCAUAUCAGUUGCACCAAGGUCUAGAAAGAGACGAAGGCCAUUACGGUUAUCCUGAUAUACUCCGCAUAGUGAAAGGAGGCCAUGUUAUAAAUGCAAGUUUAGAUGCUUUCAAUACGCCGUCACAACCUAUUAGAAUCGUACUAUAGAUGUAGAAGUUAGAAGAAGAGGAUACAAUUGACACGGCUUACUGGGACUCGUUCAAGUGGACAUUUGCC